AGUCGCGUCCGCGCCGGCGGGCAGUGCAGAUGUCUGGCGAGCGCGCCGAGCGAUACCGUCCGCCGCUACCGCCUGCUCGCCGUCUAAAUGGUGUCGCGCUCGGCCGCCAGGUGACGCCACAGGUAAAAAUGGAACACCGUUUUUCACCAUGCUAAGGACAGCAUAUCCUGCAACUACAGACUGCAGAGCUGGCACAAUGGUGAUGCCUGACCUCCCCGGCUGUUUCUAAGGCUUCAAGCUUCUCGGGCUCGCCACCAGGAGCACUGAAAGGCGUCCCGGAAAGAUGUCCUAACAUGGGUGUGCCCUGGGAGCUGGUCCAAGUCGCCGCCCUGGUGGUCGUAGCUGCGUGGCGCGUCGGCGGCUCAGACUUCAUGUACGAGAACAAGUCGGACAAGGAGAUCCUGGACGACCUGCUGGUGCGAGAGCGCUACGACAAGCGGCUACGCCCGACGGUGGACGAUGCGGACUUCUGCUGCGGCAUGACGUCACCGUCCGACGUCCGCGUCGUGGACUACCUGAAGCCGCGGGCCCCCGGCGCUCUGGUGGUGAACGUCAGCGUGCUGCUGUUGAGCUUGGCUUCGCCCGACGAGUCCAGUUUGAAGUACGAGGUGGAGUUCCUGCUGCAGCAGCAGUGGUACGACCCGCGGCUCACCUACUCCAACAAGAGCCGCUACGACUUCCUGAACGCCAUCCACCACCACGAGGAAGUGUGGCUGCCGGACACCUACUUCAUCAUGCACGGCGACUUCAAGGAGCCGCUCAUCCCCAUGCACUUCGCGCUCAAGAUCUACCGCAACGGCACCAUCAACUACCUCAUGAGGCGGCACCUUAUCCUGUCUUGUCAAGGAUCUCUCAACAUCUUUCCAUUCGACGACCCUCUGUGCAGCUUCUCGAUGGAAAGCAUAUCGUACGAGAAGCCCGCCAUCAGCUACGUGUGGAAGAACGACGAGGACACCCUGCGGAAGUCGCCGAGCCUCAAGACGCAGAACGCCUACUUGAUCCAGAACCAGACCGUCACGUGCUCCGCCACCAGCUGGCGAGGUAACUACAGCUGCCUGAGGGUUGAUCUCAUCUUCACGAGGGAUCGGUCGUUCUACUUUACAACCGUGUUCAUACCAGGGAUCAUCCUGGUGACGUCGUCGUUCAUCACAUUCUGGCUCGAGUGGAAUGCCGUGCCUGCGCGUGUCAUGAUUGGCGUGACGACGAUGCUGAAUUUCUUCACGACGUCGAACGGCUUUCGCGGCACGCUGCCCGUCGUCUCGAACCUCACGGCCAUGAACGUGUGGGACGGCGUGUGCAUGUGCUUCAUCUACGCCAGCCUGCUGGAGUUCGUGUGCGUCAACUACGUGGGCCGCAAGCGACCGCUGCACAACGUCGUCUACCGGCCGGGCGAGAAUCCCGUCACGCAGCGACUACCGGCUGUUCUCAGCAGGCUAGGCAUAAUAAUGGCUGGACCACUGGUAUGCACCAGAAAUAUGGGAUCAGACAGUGAACUCGUCACACUCUUGGGCGACAAGAACAAGCGUGACACUCUGGGAGCGAAUGAGAUAGUCACCUGCACCAACUGUGGUCCCAACCCGUGCACCCACUCGGCCAACAACGGCUGUGCCACAGAGGUGCGUAAGAAAGAGCCGCCUCACCCUAUCCGAGUGGCGAAGACUAUCGACGUCAUAGCACGUAUUACGUUCCCAUGUGCGUAUGCCGUGUUUCUGAUCUUCUUCUUCAUACAUUACAACAUCUGAGACAAACUUCAAGAAUACGAACGCUCAGUGUAAUAAUGUGGUUCUGGGCGACUGUAUCAGAGAAAAAAAAAAAAAAAAGAACUCACAUCGAAGAUGACUGAGAAAGUGACAGUUUUUCACCUUUUUUCGACCAAAGAAUUGUGUGUUUGUGUAAUUGUUUUUACAACUUUUUAAAUUCUAAAUAUCAAGAAUAUUGUGUAUGACUGGUGACCGGUAAUUCCUAAAAAAAAAAAAACGUGGAGCUCUCUUGAGCUUAAAGAAAAUUCGUAAGUGCUUAGUGCUUUCUGCGGCAUGGGAUAAAUGUGCUAGUCAUCAAGAGAAAAAAAAGAUGCACCAAAAGGUUAUGUACUCGAGUAUAGUAUAUUUACGUGUAUUGCUUGUAAGAGAGCUUUUAUACCAGUGCGGGAGAAAGUAAGUAUUGGCAUAAUGCAAAUUAGUGUGUUUUAAAAACUCUCACAAAACAAUCGUUAAACUUAAACGUCCAUGUACUAGAUGCACUUAUUUCUAACAGCAAUAUAUUUUAAUUAAAAUUACCUUAUAAAACAAAAUUUCUAAAUUUUAUUAAAAUUCUUUAAAUUUAAUUUCUGGUUUGCAAUUGAAACUAAAUUCAAUAAAAUUUGUUGGGUUUAAACCGAGGAAAUGCUUAUAUAUGCUAAACUCAUGAGUGCUUAUAAAUGGAAAGAAUGAUCAAUACUCUAAGUAUAUUCCUUACUAAAAUUAAAUAUACAUAGCUUAUGGUUAACAGAUGAGUUAUUAGAAGAAAAAUGUAUAUUUUUAAAUAUAUCCUGUAAACUUUAAAAUAAAUUGAGUUUGGAACAUAAAUUUGGAAAAGUGAGUAUGUUUAUAAUAAUGUUAGAAUAAAAACGUUUAUUUUAAUACUACGCGAUGAAUCUAUUAAAAAUACUCUUAGUUUACGUUAAUUUCCAUCUAAAACAUAAUAAUGGCAACCAUAAUUGGGUUUUUUAAGAACUCUUAUUUUUUUACUAAACAUCGAAUGAAACAUAGUAUUUAGGCAUAAGUCACAUUUUAUUUGUAGCACUGCCUGUCGUCUUAAGUAUGGGUCAGUUUUGGUGAUGUAAUAAAGCGUCCCCGUACAAUAUGUUAUCAUUAUUAUAAUUUUUUAUAUCCAUACAAAUUUUUUUUUGUAAAAGAUAGCUAGUACUUCUAGAGAAUUAAAUUAUGGAAACAAUAACGAUAGAAACGCGGCACAUACAUGGUAACGAAAAAUUUCAUGGCUCAAUCUGCAUCUUAAACUAGAUAACUACAAGUAAUCAUGUACGUCGUGCCUUAAAUGUUAAGGUAUGGCUUAAACUAACGGUUAAAUAAGAUAAGUUGAUAGCAGUAGUUAUAAAGUUAUAAGAAGAAUAAGCAAAUAUUAGAGAUUCAGACCAAUAAAUAUUUUUAAUUGCAUUCGGUUUUAAAAGAAAGCAGUCUGUAAAAUAAUUUAGUGAAAAUUGGAUAACUGUGUAAGAAAAUAUAGUAAACGAAAUUUUUUCAAAAGUUAUGAAGAAACCGUUUUUGGCGUAACAACGUCUAAUAAAUCGAUGAACGCCAGCUGCACGCACGAAAAAAUGUCCCGUUACGCAUAUUGUCCCGUUACGCACAUUGUACGCUUGCGCCGCAUCUAUCUCUCUUCCACUCGAUUGGAACAACCAUCGAUUUGACUUUUUCGAGGCACAUUAAACUUGAAACACUCCCAUUCGUUUCCUACUUUUUCUAUCAUCGUCCUAUCCUUAAAAUAAUAACACAGAUUGGAAGAAGUUAAAUAGCAAGCAACAAUAAAAGUUAUAGUCAAAAUAAUCUCUUCGUUAAAGUAAUAAUAACAUAUAUGAAUUAAUGAGUGCAAAUAAAAGUAAAUUUAUCAAUUAAAUUGUAGAUUUCAUUUCACUCCUUCUUUGUAUCCAUACAAAUUAGUUAUAAUUCAAUAAAUUGAUUCAAUUUUAUUCAUAAAAGUAUGCAAUCAUUUCAUCAAUGUUUUGUUAUGACGUUGUCACGUUAAACUAUCGUCCAUAAACCGACUUUACAGACAGCCAAUUUUUUUUAAUGGUUAAUAUAGGCAAUUUAAGUCAUUUGGUUUGUAAGAUGUGGUUUGAGCUUCGAAGACUGUGUGCACUUCCUUCGCAAACUGGCCAUGAUUCCUAGUGCGUCACGCAAAUGUGCCGAGAGUACUGGCUUGGUACCUUGUCUCGACAUACCUCAAAUUCAUUAGUACCGAUUACAAGUUUACAAAUGUCUCAGAGCAACGUUUCAAUAAUAUUGUUUAGUAAGUCAUCUAUGCUGCACGUACGUGAUGUUUUUUUUAUAAAAAACUUUUAAUUUUCAGAUGUAAACUGCUGAUUAAAGUUCUACACAUUUGAGUGCAUAAACAAUUUUUGUUACAAAAUACGGGUAAAGACAUGAAACCGAAUGUCUUAGAGCUAAAAACUCAAAAAAUGUUACAAUAUUUUCAAAAGUAUCGAGAAAUAACUUACGAACAAAUACGAAACGGGCAAAACCAGUAAAAUCCCGAUGAAUCAUACUUUGUUAUUAGAAAUCAGUCCAUUCUCAAAUUUUGUGAUAUAAAUAUUCUUCUAGUCAUGAAGUCCAAAGAUAUAACAAAACUUUCACCGGCCGAGUGAGAAAUAUUUAUUGUUCAAUUACUCUAACAUUGAGCGGUAAAAAUUAUGAGAGCAAUAUUUAAUUUUAUAACCACGUGUGUAUAUUUAUAUGUACGCAAAUAUUGUUGUAAGCCUUCAAAUUCACACAUGACAUGGGUUUCCUUGAAGAAAAAAGUAUAUAUAUAAACUUAAUCGGGAAUGUGGACUGGACAUUUAAUUUACUCAUUGAAAUAGGUAGCAAAAUUAUUAUUCACAUGGAUAGUAAAUUUAAUUAUUACUUACUAAACUUAUCCAUAUAUUAGCCUGUGUUCAUUAUCUCUAACAGCAACUUAUCUUAUGGAACUUGUGUUAAGUGUGACAUUAGAUACUAAUGAACAAUUUUGUACUAAAUACACACUAUUUUCUCUGUAUCUGUCUGUGAUACUGACUUCUCAAUUCCUAUCGAUUUCAUUUUCCUGUAAAAGUGUUGUAAGUCGAUUCCAGUGGAAAGUGUGUAAUUAUUUGUAAAAAAAAAUGUGUAUAGUUAUUAGUGAAGGACUAUCACUUAAGUUGUUCGUUAUUUGUAUUUCUGAGUAACUUUAAUUAAAUUGAAAAAACAGAUACUCAUUCGCUAAUGAUAUUUUUGUUUAGUAGUUAAGUAUUGUCUUAUAAACAGUAGGAAAUUGAGAGUAAUUGUUUUCCUCCCGAGUUGUUAUUUUCAUGCGAAAAUAAGACAUUUUUAAGUUUCACAGGUCGAAUAGAAUUGGUGAUAAGAGAUUUAUAUAAAUUUCGUUUAAAUGACUUACGUAAGAUCAUUUCUUGAAUUAGCUCAUUUUAUUAAAAAUAAAUAAAGAUUCUAUUGUGAUAUUACCAUUUUAUUAAAUAAGGAAUCAGUUAAUCCCAGAAAAUCCCAGUUAAGAAAUAAUUUUUUUUUUCCUUGAUGUGUUUACUUCUAACUCCUACGGCUUACUGUGUCUUUUAAUUGGCAAAAUAUGAAAAAUAACAACUCUAAUUCGCCAAAUAUUCGUACAUUCUUUCGUUCCUUCCUAUCUUCCAUGCACGCAUUUAAUUUUUUUAAACUAAAAACAGACAGUUUCCGCUGAAGAUAAUAUUUAAUUUUUUUCUGUUACCAUAAAUGCAAUUCUGUCGUUUUGUAUUUAUGGAAAGACUAUUUAAAUACUCCGUGUUUUACGGAUUUGAAAAAAGUUAUUUUUGUAUCCCAAAACUAUAGUUUUAAAAACAAAGUUGAUACAUUUAUAUGUUUUG